AUGAACGUUCAGCUUGACUUCCACUCACACCGCACCCAGCUCAUCUGCACAGCCGUUGCGGCAUCACUAGCUACAGCCGGCCUACUUUCUGCUUUCCAGCGGUACAAUCGUCAACAGAAACGAAGAGAACUUGACGAGAGCAUUCAUCGCUCGAUUUCUGGGCAAGAGGCAAAGCAUCCCCUCGAGGAUUUGUGUGAAAAGAAAAUCAAGCGAAAAUCCAAAUCACACCUCUCGCUGGAGGAUGAUGUCAAUAAAUCGGAUAUUUCUCUUGGAAUUGCCGCGCAGCUUGAGAGUGGACCGUAUGAGUACGACGAAGAGCUGGUGAGGGAGCAGUUGGCGCGGAACUAUGCAUUCUUCGGAGAGGAGGGAAUGGCCAAGAUCAGGAAGGGAAUGGUCGUCGUUAUAGGCUGCGGAGGCGUCGGCAGCUGGGCCGCAAUUAUGCUGGCCAGAUCAGGGGUCUCGAAAAUACGCCUUGUCGACUUCGACUAUGUGACAUUGUCCUCGCUGAACAGGCAUGCUGCGGCAGUUCUGUCCGACGUUGGAACGCCCAAGGUGAAGUGCAUUGAGCGCACGCUGAAGCAGAUCUCGCGGUGGAUCGAGGUCGACUCCCGUGUUGAUAUCUGGCGAAAGGAUCAGGGAGGGGAGUUGCUGGAAGGUGCAGACUGGGUGAUAGACGCAAUUGACAAUAUCACUACCAAGGUGGACCUGCUGAAAUAUUGUCACGACCAUAACAUCAAAGUGUUCUCGUCAAUGGGCUCAGGUGCCAAGUCCGACCCAACGCGCGUGCAGAUUAGCGACAUAUCAUGUACUAUGUACGACCCGCUUGCCCGGUCUGUCCGCCGUGGUCUGCGAUUGGAGGGUAUAGCAUCCGGGAUCCCAGUUGUCUACUCCACGGAAGUUCCUGGCGAUGUCAAGCUUCUUCCACUCCCCGAAGACGAGUUCGAGAAGGGAGAUGUGAGGGAGCUGGGCGUCUUCGACGAUUUUCGCGUGCGCAUUAUCCCAGUAAUUGGCCCACUUCCUUCCAUCUUUGGACUGAAUAUCGCGACAUAUAUCCUAUGCGAGCUCGCGGGGAAGCCGAUCACGAAUCCUCUUCCUGUAAAGUUCCGCAAGAAGCUGUACGAGCGCCUCUACCGUGAGCUCCUGCACCGAGAAGAAAAGCUCGCCGGGGAGCCAAUCAACAAAUUGCCAAUAGACGAAGACGACGUGGGACUCAUUUUCGAAGACAUCCACCGCGGACGCUCCGUAAUCCCCCCAUAUCCCGUGCCUUCGCGCCCAACGCUUGUGCGCUGGGACCCUGCGCAGCCGCUUUCACUGGAAAAUUGUGUACCCAUGGAACACGCAGAGGCGGAGCGGCACGUUGCAGAAUGCUACGGUGGUUCGAAGACAGCGGAGGAGUUGUGGGGCGCCCAUGCUGCCGAGGUGGUGAGUCGGAGGAGAGAGGAAAUUAGGAAGGUGCGGGAGUGGGUGCUAUAA